AUGCCACCGAAAGGUUCCCGUAGGGUGAGAGUGGCGAACGCGGAAAGCGGGAUACCACAAAAACCUCUGGGCGAGGCCGCGUUGCUAUCCAACAACUCGGAUCACGAAAUCCCCCCUCCGUCGAAAGCACCAUACAAUGCAGGGGAGCCGGACUCAGCAGCGAGGCCACAACGACGGCGUCGCCGUCCGCGAUCGGGACCGCUCUCGCAACUCCCUAUCCCCACGCACAACCAGCUCUGUCCUCUCCGAUCUCCCUCGCUACAAGCCGACGCAGAGGGGGAACCCCGUCCUUCGGCCACUGUUGCAUUAUCAGCGUUUGGUCCGCCACAGAAAUCGACGGCGGAAAUAGCGGAGGCCCAAGCGGAGCUCGCAUUGACAUCCUCCCCAGCGCCGACCGCAUCCCCUUCAAUCAGCGCAACUGCAUCAACCAGCUCGCCUCCAUCCUCGUCGUCGGUAGGCGGGGCGGCCGCCUCGGUGAAGGACGACGCAACCACGACACCUCCAUCGCGUGACGCCCCUCAGUCUAUCGAUCUUUGUCCAAGUUCUCUGGCUUCUGUAGAUGAUUCACAUGGAGACAACUUUGCCUCCGGUCCGCCUUCCGUGUUGGGUUGUCUUGCCGCCUGUUUCGGCUGGCGACUUGCGUCGUAUAGCUCUUCCGAAGAUGGGGAGCUGCAGUUUGCACUGCGACGACCCUAUAAUUCGAGCGUGAGCGCAACGGUGAGGGCGCCCCGUGGUGGCUUUGACCUGACCGCAAGGUGUGUCCGGACGGAUGCGGCACCGCAGGUGUCUGUGAAUGAGGUGGCGAUGCGUCUAGAAGACUGUGCGACAUUUCUCUACCGCAUGCCCGGCCACACGGCUUCGGAAAGGGAGCAAGACGCAUCACAGCAGCAGCCCAUCGCUUCUUCUUCUCCCCCUCUUCCUUCUCGCGAAUCUUCUUCUCGUUCCGCAGAGUCACCGGAGGUGCGGGCUCCGCCGGUACUCUGUCAGGUGGGACGUGCGUUGGACAUCAAGCACCGUGCGGAGAAGCACGCGCGUAGCUACUCUCCCUCGCCGGCUCCGCUUUCUCCCUCGAAGGAGCACCGCUGGCAGAAGGCGGAGCCGGAAGAUGAUACGGGCGAGGUGGCCCCGCUUCUGCAGCGUGAGGGAGCUCCGAUCCGUGCGACCCCCGCUGCGGCCGCCAACGCAGAGAAGGUGACGGAGAAGCUGCCGAGGCAGAAGCGGGACUCUCUUCCGCCGGCGGAGCGUUCGUUGCCCCUGCCCUCACUCCCGCCGUCUUUUUUGGUCUCGAUCGGCCCGGCGACUCCCACGAAAGAGGAGUCAGCGCCAUCGCCCGUCGUCGAUGCCCCGCCGCCACCGCCGAAGUGGCAGCGAGACCAACCGUGCCAAAAAGAAGAAGAAGACCCCGACGAUGUGCUGCUCGUGUCGCUGUGGCCGAAUGCGACAGGCGCCACCGCUGUCGGUGUAGGCGCAGAUGCGACCUCGCCACCACCACCUCGUCUCCCCGCCCCCCGUCCAGCCGCGGCAAAACGUUCUUUUCCAAACGCUGCGUUGGUCCCCACCGCGGGGGUGCCACACGGUAAAGGGGCGUCGUCGCCAUCGCGGUCGCGUCGGUCGAACGCGGGCGCCUCAGCGUGGCCGCCGGGGGUCACAGCGUCUGGGGACGCCACCGCCGUCGGAAGGGUAGGGGGAGGAGGAUACUCACCUUCCUCUUCCUACCCACCCACCACUCAACGGUCGGUCAAAGGCUCGUUUUUUAUGCCCUAUAUGCUGGCGUUAGCGAACGUGAAUGCAAGUCCCUCCAGUGCGAACAGCGGCAGCGGCGGUGUGCUGACCGCCGAAGGACACGAUGGCAACACGAGUGGACCGUCACGUCAGCUGUGCACUUUCUGUAGUCUGACUGGGCAGUCAGCGGAGUCGUCACGAAGCUGGUUGGCGCACACGCACGCCGUAAGCCGUGAGUUUGACGAAGUACCCUCGUCACGUCCGCUGCCCCCCUUCGCAGAGGAGUCGGCACUGUGCAGGGGCAACGGCGAGUCCGCUACACAGGACGGGAGAGGGAGGCACGUCGUCGACACCACGGCGGAUGUGGCGGCUGCGGUGCGGGCCACGCUGCGGCAGCGAUGGCGGCACCGGUCUUCGCUCUGGUCACACAUGGAGGAGUCCCUCCGCCUCGCCGUCGGGUCUGGCCGGCUGCGCGGUGACGCCCUUGAGGCCGGCGUGCAAGCGUUGCAGGCCAGCGAGGAGGAGCAGCUUCAGUACGAUGGCGGCGUACUCGAUGACGGCGGCGCGCAGGACGUGUAUGACGCCCUCGUGGCCUCCGCUCGUGCGACGACGCUGUGCGGCUUUCCUGCGAUCCCCCCGCGGCCGAUGCUCCCCGUCUCUGGCACAACGGUGGUGGAGGCACAGCGCCGCAUCUCGGAGGUGGAGUCCGGGGAAACGGGCAAGAAUGGCACUUCUCCACCUCGCUACGUCGUCUAUCCAAGCGGCAUUCCAGCAGCCGAUCGCAUCCUCAUUGACCGAACCUACACAACCCGUGGCUCCUACGUGGUGGCGUCGAUGCCGUCUUCUGCCGUAUCCGGGACCGGUAUCGCUGCCCAGCUCCCAAAAAGCCAAGAAAAAAUGGCGGAGGGUGCUGCUGACAGCUUUGCUCGCCAGCGGGGUCCUGUGUCUGAACCGCUGCCCGUCUUGUUGGCCAAUCCACAGGAGGACCUGCAUUACCACAUCUACAAGCGCUUUCUCACCAAAGACAUGCGGGAGGCGCUGGAGGCGGAGGGGACGCUCGAGAUCGGAACGGACGGCAUCGGUCCCGCGGACAGAGACAGCACCGAAAGGGGCAACGCGCUCGCGGGGUCGACGCAAAGCGUCCGCGACGACAACGGUGAAGACGACGACAACGGUGAGGAGUUGGAAGCUGAAAAGGAUACCGCGAAUUGCGUGCCUGCGGUGAAGGGUGAGGCCAGCCCCGUCAAUGCGGCGGGAGUCGUAGUGCCGCCGAGCUCGGCAGACAUCGACUACGUUCUCCGUUACCGCCCGGCGAUUCAGCGCAUCCCGAUGCCAGAUGUCGAGUCCCGGUACGGGUUGUAA